AUGGGAGCAACACACACACGCUUCUCGUAUGAGUGCCCACAGUGCAAGGCCAAGGUCGAAGCAGCCGUGCGAGACGGACGCAUCGACAAUCGACGGAAAUGCGGACACAGGUUUACGGUCGCCGCAGGAAAAGUUGUCGCGACCCAGUCGGCGACCGCACACUUCUCGUAUGAGUGCCCGCAGUGCAAGGCAAGGGUCGAGUCUACCAGGCGAGACGGAUGCAUCGACAAUCGACGGAAAUGCGGACACCAGUUUAGGGUCGCCGCAGGAAAAGUCGUCGCGACCCAGUCGGCGACCGCACACUUCUGGUAUGAGUGCCCACAGUGCAAGGCAAGGGUGGAGUCUACCACGCGAGACGGAUGCAUCGACAAUCGACGGAAAUGCGGACACCAGUUUAGGGUCGCCGCAGGAAAAGUCGUCGCGACCCAGUCGGCGACCGCACACUUCUGGUAUGAGUGCCCACAGUGCAAGGCAAAGGUCGAGUCUACCACGCGAGACGGAUGCAUCGACAAUCGACGGAAAUGCGGACACAAGUUUACGGUCGCCGCAGGAAAAGUCGUCGCGACCCGGUCGGCGACCGCACACUGCUGA